GUGAAACUUCCCACACAGCACACCUGACUGUUUGGCGACUGUAAGUCGACAUUUUUUCGUCAGCUUAAAGUCGACUUUUAAAGUCGACAUUUAGCAGACUUUUUCUAGAAUAGUUUGUCGACUUGUAAAAGUUGACUUAUAGUCAGCUAUUCGCGCUCUCCGAACGCGUUCUCUAUGAACACCGGCCUUAAUUAAUUGAGACCCCGCGUCCUUCGGCCUUUCCUUUUUGAUUGCCUCUGACGAUCUGCAGACUGAUCUAAAUAAGGUGCAUUAAAAUCAAAGAUCGUCUCAUUGUAAAUAUCAUAAACGUAAAGUUGCUAAGAACGUUUAGUGAAAACGUUUAUCAUUAUCAGUACAUGUGCAUGUAUCUAUGUUGCGCACAUUUUAAGUCCUGCUCAUUGUCCAGCCGCUAUAUUUAUCCUGUCUUUAUUUUCUUCUGAGAGAUCGUCUCAUUAUAAAUACCGUAAACGUAAAGUUGCUAAGAACGUUUAGUGAAAACGUUUAUCAUUAUCAGUACAUGUGCAUGUAUCUACGUUGCGCACAUUUUAAGUCCUGCUCAUUGUCCGGCCGCUAUAUUUAUCCUGUCUUUAUUUUCUUCUGAGAGAUUGAAAGAAUGUCACAGAUAGGUGGAACAACCGUAGCCAAAAAUGUUAGAAACAUAAUGGCUGAAAUUAUUGGAUACGAAGUUGCGCAAGCAUAUACCUGGACAGGACAAAAAAAGACUUUGUCCAUGAAAAAUUCAAAACUAGCAGAUACAAUCAUUGCGAUUGUUUUGAAAUAUGACAAUAACACAAUCGCCGAAAUCGAGGCAUGUAUGCAGGAAUGGUUGAGGCGGUCCGGCGAUAGAAUGAGGGCAUUAAAGAAAAAAUGAAAUAAUUAAACU